GAGCGGCUCGGGCGCACAAAGACGGCCGGACGCGGCGGCGGCGGCGGCGGCGGCGGCGGCAGCAGGAGCGCAGGGGAGCUAGCUAGCCUGUCAGCCUUCUCGGAAACCGCGCCACAGGAACCUAGCAACUCGGACGCGGGGACCCGGGUCGGGCCCCAAGAUGCCGGCGAUUGCGGUGCUCGCGGCGGCCGCCGCGGCGUGGUGCUUCCUCCAGGUCGAGAGCCGGCACCUGGACGCGCUGGCUGGAGGCGCGGGCCCCAACAACGGCAAUUUCCUAGACAAUGACCAGUGGCUGAGCACAGUCUCCCAGUAUGACCGGGACAAGUACUGGAACCGCUUUCGAGACGAAGUUGAGGAUGAUUAUUUCAGAAACUGGAAUCCCAACAAGCCCUUUGACCAAGCCCUGGACCCAUCCAAGGACCCCUGCCUGAAGGUGAAAUGCAGCCCUCAUAAGGUUUGUGUGACCCAGGACUACCAGACCGCCCUGUGUGUCAGCCGCAAGCACCUGCUCCCCAGGCAAAAGAAAGGAAACGUGGCCCACAAACACUGGGUUGGACCUUCGAAUCUGGUCAAGUGCAAGCCCUGUCCGGUGGCGCUGUCAGCCAUGGUCUGCGGCUCCGAUGGCCACACUUACACAUCCAAGUGCAAGUUGGAGUUCCAUGCUUGUUCUACUGGGAGAAGCCUCACCACUCUCUGCGAUGGGCCCUGUCCCUGUCUCCCGGAGCCUGAGCCACCAAAAUCCAGGGCAGAAAAGAAUGCCUGCACGGACAAGGACCUGAGGAACCUCGCUUCCCGGCUGAAAGACUGGUUUGGAGCCCUUCACGAGGAUGCUGACAGGGCCAUCAAGCCCACCGGCUCUGGCGCAGCGCAAGGCAGAUUCGACACCAGCAUCCUGCCCAUCUGCAAGGACUCCCUGGGCUGGAUGUUCAACAAGUUGGACAUGAACUAUGACCUCCUGCUUGACCACGCAGAGAUCAACGCCAUGUACCUGGAUAAGUACGAGCCCUGUAUCAAGCCGCUCUUCAACUCCUGUGACUCCUUCAAGGACGGCAAGCUCUCUAACAAUGAGUGGUGCUACUGCUUCCAGAAGCCUGGAGGUCUCCCUUGCCAGAAUGAAAUGAACAGGAUUCAGAAGUUGAGCAAAGGGAAGAGCUUGUUGGGAGCAUUCAUACCUCGAUGUAACGAGGAGGGCUAUUACAGAGCCACACAGUGUCACGGCAGCACAGGGCAGUGCUGGUGUGUGGAUAAGUACGGGAACGAGCUGGCCGGCUCCAGGAAACAAGGCGCCGUGAGCUGUGAAGAGGAGCAGGAAACUUCAGGGGAUUUUGGCAGUGGCGGCUCUGUGGUCCUGUUGGAUGACCUAGAGGAUGAGCGGGAGCUGGGCCCACAGGACAGACUGGGGAGGCUGCGGGUGCACACCCGGGCAGUGACGGAGGAUGACGAGGACGAGGAUGACGACAAAGAGGAUGAGGUCGGGUACAUAUGGUAGUCCCCACGAGGAGGAGGAUGCGAGCUCUGCACACAACUGCAAGUCACUUCCUGUUCCUGCGUUUGUAUCUAAGACUCCACGGCCCAUGGCCUCUUCUCCAUUGUUGCCCUCUCUACCCAACCUAAGGUUUGGAAGACGACUCCUUGUUCCCAGAGCAUUCUGAUUGAUUUUGCAUACGGUGUGUGGGAAGAAGGGUGUUGGGUUUUCUUUUUUAGACAGAGGAAUGGCUGGUUGAAUUAGAGCCUCCUUCCCUCCCGUGAGUUUUUUGCAACAAGCAUGUGAUGUAUGUGGGAUUCUGACAGCGCAGGGAGCCCCCACCCUCUAAACAUCAAAGACCCUUUCCAUCACCCACACCGGUGGUUAUUACAGCAUGGUUCCCGGCCUUACCGUGUCUAAGUGCUUUUCUUGUGUCCUGUAGAUGUUGUGGAAAACACACCACACUGUACCUUUCCCCCCUGCCCCUCCCCACCCACCCUGGUGUUUAUUAUUACACAUUAGUUUUUCACAUCACUCGAUCUGGCUUCCUACAAACAACAGCCUUAAUUCAGUUAAGAGUCCCUUUGGGGAACUGAUCUUCUCUAUUAAAAGAUACUUCUCUCUGUACGUGCAUCAAUAUUUGAGUCUGUACAGAAGAGACUGUACACACCUCUCAGAAAAAAGGGUUUGGGUGUCUAUUGAAAAUUCACUUGGAAAAAAAUUACACAUUUGUCAGUAUGUCCAGACCUGGGGUCAUAGUCUGUGGAAUAGGGAAUUUGUACCGAAGUCCUUUCUUUGCACUAACGGCUGGCACGUGUAGCCUGCAGGCUGAGGAGGCUGCUUCUCUAUGCAGCGGCAGAGUUACCGGGAGCCUCUUUGAUUUGGAGGAGCCUCUGUCUGCCUAAAUCACUUUUCUUGCAGAAGCCAUGUGACUCCCACGUGGGCAGCCUCACAAGCCAUCUCUCUCAUUUCAGCUCAAACCCUCCCCUGGGCUGCAGCAGGCCUGUCUGCGGCACGUUCCUCCCUUCCCUACCUACUCAAGGGCUUUUUCUAAGGCAUGUCCACGUACCCCCUGCUCUCCGGGAAGGUGGAACUAUAGUGUUCCAUAGCAGAAGAAAAUUCAGGAUUCUUAACUCGGUGUUUCAGUUUGCCCCUUAUCUAUCCAUAAAUCGUCAUCAUGAUGAGGGUACAAAAGCUGUACAGAUUUUUUUUCAAUCACUCAUCAUUUGUAAAGAAUCUCAGAUGGAGGCCUAGAAAAGAACUUCAGGGAAGCACAUGAGAAGUAGGGUUGGAUUUUUAAGAGCUAGUCUGUGCCCCACCCCACCCCCACCCAAAGCUGCAUCAAGGUACAAAUGAAGAAAGCCCUUCACCACUGCGUUUCUUUUUCCUAAGGAAACUCAUUGUCCAACUCUAGCUCCAAGUUUGGUAAGGUCAUCAUCUCUAUUGUCUUUAGGAUUUUCCUCUCCCUAUCAAACUGGCCCAGGCACAAGUACCAAAGAGUAGUCUUCAAAGUGGCCCCAUUCAGUUCAGUACAGGGCCUCAAGCUCCUGUCCCACCUGGUGUCCGCCUACCUGGAUGUCCUAAUCAGCCACCCCGCAAGGCUCUCUGGCCCACAUAUGUUUUUCUUCCCUUCCUGAGCUCCAGCCAGGCCACCAGAAGACCACAUACACUCAGGCAACAAAUAUAGUCAAUCAGACUGAGAUCAUGGGGGCAGCUGACCAGUCUUCACCCCAAAUUGAGCAUUUGUACUUUACCAGCCCACCUCUAACUAGUAUUUUCCAGUCUUUGCAUUGGCCAGACCCACAGGCAAUAUCCCUGGAGUUGGCUCAGAUGGGAAAUGAACUUCUUGGAUACAGCAAACCCGUUUGGCCUGACAGACAGGAGGACAGCCAGCACCCCAGCUGUAGGGAGACCACAGGCAAGCUCUGUACUGGGAUCUCUCAACUCUAUCACCUCCAUUUCAGUACUUUUUUUUUCUCACUUGAACAAAAACUCUGAGAUAGUAAUUUAAAAAACAGCUGCAUAAUUGCAGCUAAACACAAUCAAGUGUAUAAAAGAAUCGAGGCAUAUUUAAAAAAUCUCAGUUUAGACCAACAAAGAAAACCAUUGUUACUGUCUCCUCUGAGCCUGGGAAACACACAAGAGGACAAAUUAAAAUCGACAAAUUGAUUUCACUUACAGAAACUUCUAGUAACAGAGCAAACCACUGAUUUUAAUUUGCCUAAUUAUCUUAUGACAAGUGUCAAAUUAAGAUGACACUUAAAGACCCUUGGCAUUAACUUACUGAUGGAGAAGAGUGCUCAGUAGUCAGUUCCCAGUGAGGUAAUGAGAUGCUCAUCUUCAGAGAGAUUCCAAGAAGGUAUUUUUGAUUCAUUAAGAUAUUAAAUAAAAAGCCCUCUUAUGACUGGAACCCAAAAUCAGUGGAGCAACAUUAAGGCCACUUUUUGUGCCUCACUUUGGCAAGACAGCAUUAGUUUUUAAAGGUACUUUUCAUCAGUACUAAAGAUUCGUGUCUUUAGUUACCUUAGCCUUAGCAGAAUUUUGUUUUCCUCUCUUUCAGCAGGAGUCUUUUAGCAGGUGACUAUGUAUACAUAAAAAUCUUGAUUUACAAAAAAUAGUGCUGUGACCAUCAUUCCCUUGUUGCAGAAAAGUAUGGAGGUGAAUCUUUGCAGACUCAUUUUUCGAACCUCCUUAGUGAAAUAGUUUUAUCCUUAUUCCAUAAGUGGAUCUUUGAUUUUAUACCAUUUCCUUGGCAUCCAAGUUAAACCCUAGAAUUUUCUUCCACAAUGAGUUCUCUGCCAUAUCAGUGUCUAUUUAUUUCCACAAAUACUCUAAGCAUGGGAAUACCCUCACACUAAAUUUGAGGUUUCGUAUCAGUUCCUUCUCCUUCACGCCCGUCUCCCCCCACCCGGCAGUGAGCGGCGCCGUGCCUGUCCAGCUCUGCCCUCUGCUCCUCCCAGGACGCCACUUACGGCUAUCGCUUUCUUUUCUUCUUCACUUUGGCCACACUGUACAGUAACGUCCCAGAGCCCUUUCUACAGUGGGUGGUUUUGGUCUUUUUCUACCUUUUCGUCAGAGUCACUGCUGUUCGUCCCUGUCCACUGUGUAGCACUGUAAUGACAGCCACCAAAUCCUGAGUGCCAGUCUGUCGUCCCUCUUGUAGAUGAAAUAGUAAAGUAGAAAACCUAGUAAAUUCUGAAUGCUUUCCCACGUAGACUUAUCUGGAAUGUGAACACGACUCUUUGGUUAACAGUAAAUGCUUAACUGUAGUCCUGAGUAGGUGCAUUUCUGUCUGUCUCAAUAAAUUUUAAUUUGUCU